AUGUCAUCUGACGUGUCAGAAUAUACUAUUGGGGGAGUGAAGAUUGUAUUCCCUUGCAAGGCUUACCCUUCACAACUUGCUAUGAUGAAUGCUAUUGUGAAGGGCUUAAAUAACAGGCAGCACUGUUUGUUGGAGAGCCCUACAGGAAGCGGCAAAAGCUUGGCGUUACUUUGCUCUGCAUUGUCAUGGCAGAGGUCUCUGUACGAGAAACCACUGCUUAUGUCGUCAUGUGGAAAGGAAGACAGAAAGCCAGAGGCCUCACCGCCGUGUCGCUGUAUGUGUCAUUCCCAAUCUGAGAGCAACAAGGCCGCAACAAGUGUGAAUCAUGGUGCUUCUUGUUCUUUUAGUAAUUACGAAACAGGAACUUCUAGAAAACCUGGAAGCCUGCUAACAAACACAGAAUGCAAGGAAAAUGAAACGCUAGCUUCAAGAUUGUCUGCCAAAAAAAGGUUAUCUCUGUGUGACAAUGAGAAUGAUGAUUUUCAAGUAGACAGGAAAAGGAUUCGUCCUUUAGAAACUGAGCACCAGGUUAGAAAACGUCAUUGUUUUGCAAAAGGAGCGCAGCUGGUUGAUGCUUUGGAAGUUUAUCGUCAGCGGAAAAAUGGAGAGCUGAUUGUUCACUCUGAAAAAAGUGUGAAAACCACCACGUUUUCUCCCAAAACAUCUUCUGGCCCUUGCACUGAGUGUUCCUGUUCUUCUGGAAAAGAAACUGAUAAAAAUACCAGUAAUACAAAGAAGAAAGAAAAUGGAGAUCGGUCGUUCAUUCCCAAAAUAUUUUUCGGAACACGAACACACAAGCAAAUAUCCCAGAUUACCAGAGAGUUGAAGAGAACGGCGUAUUCCAGUGUCCCUAUGACAAUUCUUUCUAGCCGGGAUUAUACCUGUAUUCAUCCAGCGGUGUUGAGUAGUGGUGGUAACAGGAAUGAAAUGUGUGUAGAAUUGCUGGAAGGAAAACAGGGCAAGUCCUGUCUUUACUACCAUGGUGUUCAUAAAGUCAGUGAACACUAUGCCCAACAAUUUGCACAUGGGAUGUAUCAGGCAUGGGACAUUGAAGAUCUAGUGUGCCUUGGAAAGAAGCUUCGUGCCUGUGCAUAUUUUGCAGCCAGAGAACUCAUGCUAGACGCAGAUAUUGUAUUUUGUCCUUAUAAUUAUCUCCUAGACCCGCAGAUACGGGAAAGCAUGGAUAUUAACCUAAAAGGCCACGUAGUCAUUUUAGAUGAAGCCCAUAAUAUCGAGGACUCUGCUCGGGAGUCGGUGAGCUACAGUGUCACAGAAAGUCAACUAAGAGCUGCUCGAGAAGAGCUGGAUUCCAUGGUCAAUAACAACAUCAGGCAGAAGGAUCAUGAGCCUCUACGGGCUGUAUGCUGCUCCUUGAUAAACUGGUUACGGGAGAGCUCUAGUCAACUAGUGGAAAGAGGGUAUGAAACUUCCUGUAAUGUUUGGAGUGGAAAAGAAAUGCUUGCCUUUUUGCACGGAAUGGGAAUAACCAGUAUUUAUUUUCCCAUUUUACAGAAACAUCUUGCUACUGUCCUGGAAAAAGAAGACAAAGUAUCAGUGCUCGGUAGAGAGGAACUUAUUGAGAUACCAGUAGUGAGCCCUGCCACGCAGAUUGUGCUGAAAGGGUUAUUCAUGGUUCUUUUAUGUCUCUUUAAAGAUAAUAGCAGGUAUGCAGAUGACUACAAAGUUGCGCUGCAGCAAACUUACACUUGGGUGAAUGAAAAUCAACAUGAUGCAUCAGAUACAACUGCCUUCUUUACACGGCCCAAGCACAAAAGGAGUUUGCGGCAGAAAACCUUAGUCCAUGUGCUUAAUUUUUGGUGCUUGAAUCCUGCUGUGGCUUUCUCAGACUUGAGUGAUGUUAGAACGAUUGUUCUGACAUCUGGUACACUCUCUCCAAUGGAUUCAUUUUCUUCAGAGCUUGGUGUGAAGUUUUCUAUUCAGUUGGAGGCAAAUCAUGUUAUUCAGAACUCACAGGUUUGGGUUGGCACCAUCGGAGCAGGCCCAAACGGUCGGAAGUUGCGUGCCACGUUCCAGCACGCAGAGACCUUUGAGUUCCAAGAUGAGGUGGGAGCGCUUCUGCUCUCAGUGUGCCAAACAGUUGGCCAAGGAAUUUUGUGCUUUUUGCCAUCCUAUAAGCUGUUGGACAAAUUAAAGGAUCGCUGGAUGCACACUGGCCUAUGGAGAAACCUGGAGCUGGUUAAGACAGUCAUUGCAGAGCCUCAAGGUGGGGCAAAGAGUGACUUUGAUGAACUGCUGAAAAUAUACUACGAUGCCAUCAAAUGUAAAGGAGAAAAAGAUGGAGCACUCCUUAUAGCUGUAUGCAGAGGAAAAGUUAGCGAAGGCUUGGAUUUCUGUGAUGAGAAUGCCCGUGCAGUUGUAACCAUAGGUAUUCCGUUUCCAAAUGUGAAAGACCUUCAGGUUGAAUUAAAGAGGAAGUAUAAUGACCAGCACAAAAAUACAAGAGGCCUUUUACCAGGGAGCCAGUGGUAUGAAAUUCAAGCUUAUAGGGCUCUGAACCAAGCCCUGGGAAGGUGUAUAAGACAUAGGAAUGACUGGGGUGCUCUUAUUUUAGUUGAUGACCGCUUCCGGAAUAACCCUAGCAAGUACAUAACUGGAUUAUCUAAAUGGAUUCGUCAACAAAUCCAACACCAUGAAAAUUUUGGGAGUGCUCUUGAAUCCUUACAUGCGUUUGCUAGAAGAAACCAGAAAGGCAUUGAAUAUUCUUCGGAGUGCAGCAGUGAAUUUCUCCAUGUACCUUCUAAUUCAAAAGACCUGUCACAAGCCUCUCAACAGGAGGCAACUAUUCAUCUGUCACCAGAUGUUCCUGCUAAAAGGGAGGAGCAAAAUUUGGUUUCAGAAAUGAAUUUUACUACAAAUAUCAGCUCAGUUAAUCCUACAGCAUCAAAUCAACCAGGUGGCCGGAAAGUUGAUGUAGAGAACAUCUCUCACUCUGUAACAAAAAGAAAAAAAAGUAUAGACUCCACACCCAAAAUGCCAGCAACUAAAAUAGAGAGAGAAGAAAAGAAUGGUUGGACUAAUUCUGAUAUUGUGAAAGAACAUUGCUGCCUUAAACCACUGACUUCAACACCUGUGCCUGUAGGCAAGAACUGUGUGUUCACAGCUAGUGGCAAACAAACGGACGUGAAUAGGGCUAGUGAACUUACUGAUAGUGUAAAUCGAUGCCAGUCAUCAUUAAUCACAGAACAUAGACCAAGUGUACCAGAAUCAUGUUUGGAAACAACUAAUUUUUCAGUUAAAAAUACUGAGGCUUCAGUUGCUGAAGAGCGUUCUGAUGAGCUGCAGCUUCAAGUUGAGCCCUGCAGUGAGUUUCCUUGAGCAGGAGGGAAAUGUGAACAUUCAAUGUUAAGUGUAUCUGCGGAAGCUGAAGAUGAGGAUGAGAGUAUCUACUUCACACCAGAACUCUAUGAUGAUGCAGAAUCAGAGGAACAGAAAGUUGGACCACCGGUUCCAGCCUGUAAUACAAAUGAGAAUCAGAUUGAAUGUGGAAACUCAAGCACAAGUGUACAUGGAAUAAUGCGAAAUGAGGAGAGUAAGGAUAGCGCAGUUAAUAAUGUAGAGAUGGCUAGUAAAAUAGAAGCAGAGCAGAUAGCAUCUCAAGAGAUGGACACCAUAAAACGGAAAAUCAGUCUUUCCAGGUCACGAAAUAAAGGUGUGUCAUCUUUUCUGUUGAACAAUACUAGCGCGUAG